GCACGCAGCUGUUUCUCUUGUUCUUCCUGACCGGCAUUUACUUUAAUAUAAUUUUGAUAAACAUUUGGAAACUUGUAUUUUGAAAAACAUGAGCAACAUUGUGCAGUAUAUUAUUGUCCGGAGUGAUUUGCGUUCCGCGCUUAGUUGGCCUAUGGGCGCGGUUAUCGCACAGUGCUGCCAUGCCACAGCCGCCGUUAUCCACUUGAAUUCAGACGAUUCGGACACCGUGGCCUAUUUGAAAGAUCUGGAUAACAUGCACAAGGUGGUGCUGGAGGCAAAAGAUGAGGCAGCCUUGGUGAAGCUCAGCGAAAAGUUAAAGGAAAACGAGAUCAAGCACAAGCUGUGGAUUGAACAACCCGAGAAUAUUCCAACCUGCAUAGCAUUGAAACCCUAUGUAAAGGAUACAGUUCAUAAAUAUGUCAAACAAUUCAAGCUUUUGAAGGAGUAAUAUUUCGAUAAUUAAAAAAUUCUUUGUAUUUUGAAAUCUUGUGUCUAUAAUUCCU